GUCCCCUUACUGAGCACACUGCUUCUUGUUUCUAAGGCCUUCCUGCUUCACAAGAAAAAUCUCUUCAAAGAUCAUAACAGAAAAUAUUUCUAGGUGAAAAAAGGAUGAAAGUUAAUUAUCAAUGAGUAAGACACCAUCUUAUUAUGACUCCUCCUAUUUUGUGCAUCAAAGAUAUGAAGAUACAUCGCUGAUGAUAUUUCAACAGCAACAACGAAAAAAGCGUGAUUCUCAACUUGAACUGAAAAGACGUAGUUUUACUGAUCACUCUGCUUCAGGUGGCCAAGCACAUGUUGAUUUCAGUCACUAUGGGAACUCUGGAGUGGUUGCUAAGAAAAAAACUAUACAGAAUUUAAAAACUGAUACAACACCAGUUCAAUCAACCAUAUGUAGUAUAGUUUGAUGUAAAUUUCUGCCUAGCUGUAUAUAUUUUUUAAGCUUUGCUAUCAUUAAUUUCAAAAUUUAUCAUUUCUGUACUAACUUUAAUAGUGGUCAGUCCUUUGCUUGAAUUGCAUGCUCAAGUUUUGAUAUUGUUUUAUCAAGGAAUCUCUUAGCUCAGUUUACCAAUUUCUAAUCGAACAAACUUAACUCAAAUAAUUAAUCAAAUCUACCAUGGAGCUUCACCCGUUUUUGGAACCAGAUACAAUUCCAAAUCAUGACCUUUGGUAUGUUUUGUCCACCUUUGGAGAUUGUCCAUCAAUACGUGUUGGACACACUUGCACCUAUAUCAAAGGAAAUAGCGAGGAUGACAAUGGAAAACUUUAUGUCAUAGGUGGUGCUAAUCCCAGUGGAGCAUUCUGUGAUACAUUUGUACUUGAUCUCAACACAAGUCAGUGGGAUAUUAUGGAUUUACCUGGAUUCAGGGCACGGUAUGAACAUGCAGCAUUUAUUCCCCCAAGUAGUCCAGAAAAAAUAUUUAUUUUUGGUGGUGCUGAUAAUACUGGUAAUAUGAAUGAUGUUCAGAUUUUUGACACUGUGAAAAACACAUGGUCCACUGCCGAGGUAUCUGGUAAUCCUCCAACUCCACGAACAUUUCAUACAAAUUCACUUGUUGGUGAUAAAUUAGUUGUGUAUAGUGGAGGUCAUAAUCAAGCAGAACCAGUUCAAGACCGACAAGUUCAUUUUUUCGAUACAAUAUCAUUAACCUGGUCAACUAAGGUCAUUAAAGGAGACGCACCCAAGUCGAGACAUGGUCAUGUGAUGGUUGGUGUUGGUGGAAACCAAAUUUAUUUACAUGGAGGAAUGGCACGAUCUUCCUUCUUUGAUGACUUCCAUUGUUUAGACCUGACCAAAAAUUCUUGGUCUCAUAUUAAAAAUAAAAAAGUAUACCCCACUGCAAGAGCAGGACACAGUGGCACCUCUGUUGGUAGCAUGUUGUUUAUUUGUGGUGGAAUGAACAGAGAUGGUGCUUUAGAUGAUCUGUACAGAUUUGAUACAAGCUGCAAAACUUGGUGUAAGAUAGAAUUAGCUGGACCACCACCAACCUGUCGUCUCGACUUCGGUAUGUGUACUAUAGAACUAUCAAGAGAUCUUCCAUCAACUGCUAAUGAAAAUACAGAUGUAUUGGAGACCUCAAAACAUGCACAAGAAAUGCUAGAACUUGCAAUGAAGCCUGGAAGUGCUAGUUCUAGAAGCAGCAGUAACAUUGGCAGUGCAAGUUCUAGAGAUCGGCAGUUACCAGAAAGUGCAAGUUCUAGACCAGGAAGUCGACAAGUUGGCAGUGCUGGCUCAAGAGAAAGUUAUCAUGAGUAUAAUUAUGAAAGUUCUAGUACAGGCAAUGAUAUACAGACUCUUGAGGAAGGAGAAAAUCUAUCUGAUGAGGAAGAAACUCCUAGAGCUGAAGGUGCGACUUCAAGUGUGUUUAAUGAUGUCAUUAAAUCUAAACAUACAAUGAAGAUGGUGCUUAUACAUGGUGGAAUGGAUACAGAAGGAGAAAUCUUUGAUGAUACCCUUGUGUAUUUGGUGGAAUGAAACUUCUUAUCCACUCAGCAAUAUGAACAAACUAGUUUUAUGACAUGAGAUCAGAGUGUGUGAUUAGUAGUUAUGUAUUUUGAAGAAUGAUGUAUUCUUUUAAGUUAGGAAUUUAUAUUGUUUUAAGAACAAUAGCAUGUAAGAAAAAUGUGUCAAAUGAGCAGAUCCAGGACAAAUAUUUAUUUUAUUUUGUAUUUCCUCACCUGGCCCAUAUGGUGAAGUGAGCUGUUGUCAUCAAUUGGCAUCUGUUGUCUGUUAACUUUUACAAAAAUCUUUUCACCUUAAACUACUGGACCUAAUUUAACCAAACUUGGCCACUUAAUCAUUGAGGUGUCUUGUUAAAAACAAUGUGUCCAAUGAUCCUACCUGCCAAACAAUAUGGGUGACAAGGCUAAAAAUAGAACAUAGGGGUAAAAUGCAAGUUUUGUCUUUUAUCUACAAAACCGCUAUAUAUAAAGAAAAUCUAAUCGGACAAACAUGUUGAGAACUAACUUCUGUCUAUUUAUAUUCAAAUAGUUAGAUGACUAAUUACAAGAGUUAUUGCCCUUAAAUGACAAAUUUGACCAUUUUUUUUUCAUUUUUGUCUAUAAUCUUGAAAACUAGAAUAGAUCAAGAGAAACUUCUAAUGGAAAAAUUGAUCAGCAAGAUGAGAUCUACAAUAGGUCAAACAUAGCUGAAAUUGUCAGUUGACUGACUUCCUUUUGGAGUUGUUAAAUGACUAUAAUUUUAUCCAUUUUUGUGUUUUUGGUAAAUACUUUAAAAAGAAACUAAUCUGAAAAAAUUUAUAAGUAAUACAAGAUCAACAAAAAAGAGAUUUCAGAUUUAAUUGAAUUAUAUUAAAGUCUACAAUGUUGGAGAGUGGCAAUUAUUGAAGAUGCACUUUGAUCUAGGUGUGUGACACAGACUCUUUAGUAAUUUCAUUUAGAAAUCAAAAUUAACUUGUCAGAGUAAUUAGUAGAGCUCUUCCUUAAUUCAAAACUGACUAUCAACAUGAUCAACAAAUAUGUUGUACAUUUCAUAAAUAGAAUGUUUACCAAUCAAAAUGUUUUUAUGAUAUAACAACAAAAGAAAAUCAUAUUAAGUAACAAAUCUUGUUUUGUGUGCUUACCUUAUAUAAAAUGCAGCACUAUUAAAAAACAAAAAUCAAGAUUUUUAUUACAAUUAUGUUGUAGCUAAUGCUUGGGAUCAAAAUCAGGUACCAAAUUCUUUGUAUUUGCUUAAAAUUUUCUAAAAGUUUAGGAUAGCCAAAUCUCAGCUUUUUGCAUAAAAAUCUGUUAUGGUUUCUGAAUCUGCAUCUGAAUUUUAUUUAGGAUCAACAAUUGAAUUUAUUCAUUUUCAUAAGGUUAAAUCCUAUUGUGACACUGUUGUGAAGAAUAUAAUCUGUAUAUUAGAAAAAUUUUGCUAUUUAAAUUUGCUCAAAGAAAUGACUAGUCGAAAUUUUCUAGGUUUUAUUUUUCGUUAUCUGAAAGUUUUCCAAAGACAUUUACUCUGUAAGAGAUUCUUUCUAGAUAUGAAAUUAUUGCAAAAUUUUUUUAUCUGCAAACAUUAAAAUUUGGAUAAUAUUGGUAUGUUUAGAAUAUGAUAUAGAAAAUAAUACAGUGACAUUGCAAUUACUGACAGAUUAACAAUAUAUUUAUUAAUCAUAUAUAAAUCAUAAUGAUUGAAUGUACGGUGUUAAAAGUUGUCUUGUGUCAAAACCAGAAUCUGUAAUGGAGUAAUUGUAGCAUGGUCUUUCAAUUUGAUGUUUUUAUACGACCGCAAAAAAAAUUUUGUGGUCGUAUAUUGGUAUGACGUCGUCGUCAUCGUCAUCAUCAUCUGAAGACACAUUGGUUUUCGCACUCUAACUUUAGUUUAAGUGAAUGGAUCUCUAUGAAAUUUUACCAUAGGGUUCAAUACCACAAAAGGAAGGUUGGGAUUGAUUUUGGGGGUUAUGGUACCAACAGUUAAGGAAUUAGGGGCCCAAAAGGGGCCAAAAAUAAGCAUUUUUGUAACUUCCAGACUUAACUUGUGUGUUAGUUUAUGGAUCUCUCUGACAUUGUACCACAAGGUCCCAUAUCACAAAGGGAAUGCUGGGAUUGAUUUUGGGGGUAAUUGCCUCCAAAUUUUAGGAAUUAGGGGCCAAAAAAGGGGCAAAAAGCAAGCAUUUUUCUAGUUUCAUGACAAUAACUUGUGUGCAAGUGUAUGGAUCUUUAUGAAAUUGUACUACAAAGUUCCAUAUCACAAAGGGAAAGCUGGAAUUGAGUUUGGGGGAAAUUGCCCAAAACGUUUAGGAAUUAGGGGCCAAAAAUAAGCAUUUUUCUAGUUUCCAGACAAUAACUUGUGUUCUCUGAAAUUGUACUGUAAGGUACCAUACCACAAAGGGAAGGCUGGGAUUGAUUUUGGGGGUAAUUGCCUUCAAAAUUUUAGGAAUUAGGGGCCAAAAAGGGGCAAAAACAAGCAUUUUUCUAGUUUCAGGACAAUAACUUGUGUGUAAGUGUAUGGAUCUUUAUGAAAUUGUACUACAAGGUUCCAUAUCACAAAGGGAAAGCUGGGUUUGAGUUUGGGGGUAAUUGCCUUAAACGUUUAGGAAUUUGGGGCCAAAAAGGGGCCAAAAAACAAGCAUUUUUCUAGUUUCCAGACAAUAACUUGUGUUCAAGUGUAUUGAUCUCUCUGAAAUUGCAAGGUACCAUACCACAAAGGGAAGGCUGGGAUUGAGUUUGGGGGUGAUGAAUCAUAAGGGGGUUCAAAAAAAAAAAAAUUUUGGGGGGGAUUUUUUUUUCCUUUUUUUUCUUUAAAAUUUUCCAUUUUAAAUUGGUUAUUUCUGAUUUAUAUAUAAAAGCAAAUAAUAAUGAUAUGGUUUGAAUAGGUAAAUUAAAAAAUUUUAAGUUCUUAGACCACAUUCAUUCUGUGUCAGAAACCUAUGCUGUGUCAAAUAUUUAAUUUCAAUCCAAAUUCAGUGCUGUAUCAAGCUUGAAUACUUGCCCCAACUGUUCAGGGUUCGACCUCUGCGGUUGUAUCAAGCUGCGCCCAGCGGUGCAUUUUAUUAACCAUUGAGAUUUAGAAUGUAUGACUAUAUUAAUGCAACAUGUGUUCUGCCUGAUAUUUAACUUUAUCUGCAUGUAUCUCAAGAAUUUUCAUCAGAUCUGUAGUAAAAUUAUACUAAUUUUAAACCAUUAAAAGAGAUUAUAAAAGAUUGAUAAA